AUUUGUAUCCUCAUGGUGAAGCCUUUGGUAUCAAAGGCAUACAGGUGAACAUCUUGUGUAAAUGGAGAGGAUAGUGUACUGACAAGAAAUGAUGAAUACAGUUGUGAGAGGGAUGUCAGAAUCCCCUGAAAGAGCUGAAUCACCUGAUAGAGGUGUUUCAGAAUCCCCUGAUAGAGGUGUUUCAGAAUCCUCUGAUAAGGGUGUGUCAGCAUCCUCUCAAGGCUUCGAAGGUGGAGCCCACUUGAUUCGCCGGAUGUCAAUGGAUGGACAGACAACUUCUGAAGGAGCAUUUAUUGCCAGAGGAACUCAGAGGGGAAAAGGAAUUGCUGUCCUCACCAGCGGAGGAGACGCUCAAGGGAUGAACGCUGCAGUGAGGGCAGUGAUCCGCAUGUCAAUAUACCUGGGUGCAAAGGCAUAUUUCAUCAAAGAAGGCUACCAAGGGUUGGUGGAUGGUGGUGACCACAUUGUCCUGGCUUCUUGGUCAAGUGUCUCAGGAAUCAUUCACAAGGGAGGGACAGUUAUAGGUUCAGCCCGGUGCAUGGAGUUCCAUGAACGUGAUGGGCGAUUGAGGGCAGCUAAAAAUCUUGUGAAGAAAGGGAUCACCAACCUGGUGUGCAUAGGUGGAGAUGGCUCUCUUACUGGUGCCAACAUCUUCCGCGCUGAGUGGAUUUCUCUCCUUGAUGAACUUCUCCAAAAGGGUAUUUUUCUUCUCAUUCCCAUGACUUCAUGCCAUUCCUGCAUUUAAAUUUUGGCAAUUUUAUUUCAUGAUAACUGUGCACAAAACACUGCACGAGGAAUGUGCACUCACUUUGUCAUAUUAAUAAAUUUGGAAAAUGUAUUAGAUUUCAGGAUUGCUGUGUUCCUUUGAACAUUUUCUUUCUUAAACAAGUUUAA